GGGGCGGGGGCAAGUGUCAGUCAGGUUGGGAGCGCGGCUGGGGACAGCGGAGACCGAGGCGGCAAACAGGGCGUCAGCUGCCGUGUUGUCGGCCCAAGAUGGAGUUCCUCCUGGGGAACCCGUUCAGCACCCCUGUGGGGCAAUGUCUCGAAAAGGCAACUGAUGGCUCCCUGCAGAGUGAGGACUGGACAUUGAACAUGGAGAUCUGUGACAUCAUCAAUGAGACGGAAGAAGGGCCAAAGGAUGCCAUCCGGGCCCUGAAGAAGCGGCUCAGUGGGAACCGGAACUACAGGGAAGUGAUGCUGGCGCUGACAGUGCUGGAGACGUGCGUGAAGAACUGUGGCCAUCGCUUCCACAUCCUAGUGGCCAACCGAGACUUCAUCGACAGCGUUCUGGUCAAAAUCAUCUCUCCCAAGAAUAACCCUCCCACCAUUGUACAGGACAAAGUGCUUGCUCUGAUCCAGGCGUGGGCUGAUGCCUUUCGGAGCAGUCCUGACCUCACCGGUGUUGUGCACAUCUAUGAGGAGCUGAAGAGGAAGGGGGUCGAAUUUCCUAUGGCAGACUUGGAUGCACUGUCUCCCAUCCAUACACCCCAGCGGAGUGUCCCAGAAGUAGAUCCAGCCUCGACCAUGCCCAGGUCCCAGUCGCAGCAGAGGACCAAUGCCAGCUCCUAUUCCUCGCCUCCUCCUGCUUCCUACUCCGCUCCCCAGGCCCCGGCUCUCAGUGUGACUGGUCCCAUCACGGCCAAUUCAGAACAGAUUGCCAGGCUGCGGAGUGAGCUGGACGUUGUCCGGGGAAACACAAAAGUCAUGUCGGAGAUGUUAACAGAGAUGGUCCCUGGGCAGGAAGAUUCAUCAGACCUGGAGUUGCUGCAGGAGCUGAACAGGACCUGCCGGGCCAUGCAGCACCGCAUCGUGGAGCUCAUCUCCCGCGUGUCCAAUGAGGAAGUCACCGAGGAAUUGCUGCAUGUCAAUGAUGACCUCAACAAUGUCUUCCUCCGCUAUGAGAGGUUCCAGCGAUACAGGUCGGGCCGAUCGGUUCAGAAUGCCAGCAAUGGAGUGCUGAAUGAAGUAACUGAAGAUAACUUGAUAGACCUGGGCCCUGGCUCUCCUGCUGUGGUGAGCCCAGUGGUGGGGAGCACGGCACCCCCAUCUUCCCUCUCCUCCCAGCUCGCAGGCUUGGACUUGGGGACAGAGAGCGUCAGUGGCACCCUCAGUUCACUCCAGCAGUGUAACCCUCGUGACGGCUUUGACAUGUUUGCCCAGACUAGAGGGAACUCUUUGGCGGAGCAACGCAAGACGGUCACCUAUGAGGACCCCCAGGCUGUCGGAGGACUCGCUUCUGCACUAGACAGUCGGAAACAGAGCUCAGAAGUGCAGAGAGGGAAAGGUGGGGACUCUGACCUGGAGCCUAUAGACAGCUGGCUCAUGACCCAAGGAAUGAUCCCCGUUGCGCAGCCCUCUGUCAUGGACGACAUUGAGGUGUGGCUCAGGACGGACCUGAAGGGCGAUGACCUGGAAGAGGGAGUCACAAGUGAAGAAUUUGAUAAGUUCCUGGAAGAAAGAGCCAAAGCUGCUGAGAUGGUUCCUGACCUCCCCUCACCCCCUGUGGAGGCCCCCACCCCAGCCUCAAACCCUUCUGGCCGGAAGAAGCCAGAGCGGUCAGAGGAUGCCCUCUUCGCCCUGUGAGCUGUUCUGCAGUUUGCCUCCACCAUGGCAGGUUACCGCUUGCUCCCCCAGUGGACCCUGGGCACUGGCCACUCCUCCCUACCCCUGACCCGCUCCUUUGCACACCCGUGUCUCCAUGGAAACACCACUGUUUGUUCCCAGGCAUUCCCUAGUCAGGGCCAGCUUUCACCACUCUUUCUCCAAGUGGUGGGACAGAGGCUGCAGUGAGGCCCUGCUCCCCGCCUACCAGGCUUCCCUGACUGGCUGGCUGUGUGUUCUCCCAGGAAGAGCCAGUGGCCUGGCCCCAGUGGGGGAGCCCCCAUGACACUGUUCCUGAGCAGAUCCCAUGGACUGUCUCCCCAUCACCUGCCCAUGGAGAAGAGGGUCAGGCCUCUGCCUGCCACAUGUGCCCUGCCUCUGCAUGGCCCGGUGGCUUCCCUCAGGCAUGCUGCCCCCUCUUCCAGAAAGGGUUUUGUGGCACUGCCUCUGGAAGAACAGGGCUCAGUUGGUUGUACUUACAGGCUCAGUCUCUGUCCUUUGACUGUAUGUCACCUUGUGGCACCUUGGCACUUUAGAGUGGGUCUAUGGGGCACCCACAUGUGGCUUUCAUGCCCUUGACCCUCUCUCCAUCAGUCACCUGCUGGCCCAGGCCUUGUGCCCCAGAUGGCUGAGCAGCUGAGCUUGGCUCUAACUGGCCCCAGAAGGACCUGUGGCUCAAAGUCAGGAGGGCAACAUGCAACCUGUACACAAUGGCCAUGUGGCACGCUGAUCAGGUAGCAUUACCAUGAACCAGACCCCCCCUCCGCAUAUCCUGCACACUCACACCCACAUACUUUGGCUCCGGGGUGUGCAGGAGGCUCUUGUAGGAGGCACUGCUCUGACUGCUUGGAAGUUACGUGGGUUUUCUACACUCCAUGCUUGGGGCUCUGGCCUGGCCUGAGUGUCCUCCACACCCUACCUCCAGAGCCAUCAGCAGACAGCACUGCACAGUGCCUGGAGGUUCCACAUGACCCAGUGGCCAGAAUAACAUGAAGGUCCCUGGCAUGGGCCUUGGCCUCCUCCCCAAGCUGUCCUGACAGGCUGACUUCCUCCCACUGCACAUGUCCCCCCAGCCACUAAUUUGCAGUCUCUCCCAAACAGACCUUGAAAGCUGUCAGCCUGGGGCUAAGAAAAUGGGGGCUGGUGACACCUGCUCCUGUCCUUGCUGGCGUGUCUCUUGGCCAUGAACUCACAGCGCUACCCAAGCCCUGGUCCUGCUGACAACCUUUCCUUCCCAUUUGACAGGAUGGCCCAGAGGAUGCACCUGUCACCGCCAGAGCACCAGCCCCAGCAGGGAAAGGAAGCCAGCUGCACAGGCACAGGGACAGUGACCAGGCUCUGGGAAGCAUUUAGGGCCAGGUCUGCAGUAAGGGCCCUGCUGAGGAGUAGCAGGAACAGCCCCACCCCAGAACCCCAUGCUCAGCCUAGUUCUGUGGAGACACCCAGGAAGCCCCUCCUCAGAGCUCCCAGCCCUCUCCUCCUUGGAGCCCAUGUCCCUCUUUUACUCUCUGCUCCCUGGCCGUUGGUCAGCACACGCCCCUUGCAGCACCUCUCAAGGGCAGAGCUCCUGAGGCCUGCUUAGGUAUAAAACUUCAAAAGGAGGCUGGCUUGAGUCAAGCUGAAGAGAAGGUAACUGGGGUGGCCCAGAGGUCUCAGCUCUUUGGAAUAGUCUGGGGGUCAGAGCCCACCUUGGCCAGCCUGCCGGAGCCACAGGUGAUGGCAGCCAGGUCCAGCAGCCUCCUGCCUUGAGGAGGGUGCAGAGAGAAAGAGGGAACUCUUUUUGAAGUGAGUGAGACUGAUAUAAAUGCCAUCCUGGGGUCCCCAGCAAAGUCCUAUGUCCAAAGCUGUCCCCCAAAUCCAGCUCCAGCUGGUUGGUACAGGUUGGAGAGGUUUGGCAGCCCUAUGGCAGCAGUUGGUGAAGGACCCCUGUGGGCCAGCAGGAGUCCUCUAGUGUGCAGACAAAGGUCCCCUGCCUUUGUGGCCUGGAGCUGGUGACUCAGAGAUCUCCUGCUCCUACAUCCUGUCAGGAGGCAGAGGGGACACAGGCCUGAGGCCUGCCCUGGGAGCAUGUACAGGCAGGUGCCCUGAAGGACGCACUGCUCAGCUCUUGCAGGGGUGUUAUCUGAGACCUCUGGCUCCCACUUACCCCUGCCAUCUGGGGAGCACAGUCCUGAGGUCACCUGCUUAGGGCAGGGAGCAGAGCCCUGGUGGUGGGAACGCUGGACCCUGGCAAGCCACCAGCCUCCAGAAGUGUUAGAAAUCACAGAUACAGUAUGUACUUAAUUACACUAAAUUAUUGCUGGGAUUCCUCAUAAGCACUAAUUAUAUCUGAUUAUAGGUUAAAAUAUUUAUUUUGUCAAAAUAUUUUCUUGGGGAUGUGUUUAACCUUUUUUGUGCUCAUUGUGUGCUGAGAUGUGAAGACUAACUGUUUCCUCCUGCCUACCUUUUUGGCCAGCGGACAACAGUAAAUGGCACUAUAUGCAGUUUGACCCCCAUGUGGCAGGCUCUGGCCUGCCUGCUGCAGAGUGGUCCCUGCCCAGGCACACAGCAGCUGGACUGUGGCCAGACUGAGAAUGACCAAUAGUCGUGGGACACGGGGUUUCAGAAGUGAAAGGGCUUGUUGUCAGCCCAGGUCAGAGGGAAAAAUGAUUGUCUAUGUCUGUCCUCCCGUCUGUCUGUCAGCCCCUCUGUGAGUGACCGUGCCUUGGCUCACUGUCCUUCCUCCUCUCCCACCCAUGGUCUUGGGGCCUGUGCUGUUACUGCAGCCCCUUAGGAGGUGAGAAUUGGGCACUCCGUAGUGUUCUCAGCUCAGAGUGAUGGCCAGGGCUCUGCAGGCCCGGCUGUAGUGCUCCUGUCCUUCCUCCCUUCCUGCCUUCCUCCAUACCCCAUUCCUGUCCCUCCUUCCUGUCACUGCAAAUGCCCCUCCAACUGGAGCCCAGGGUGGUUCUGGAUGGUUCAGGGUGGGCCAUGGGCCUCCUAAGAGCCAGGUCAACCCCCUGGCAGCUGGGGAAGAGCCCUAGGGAGAAGUGCUGGCUCUUAGCCUCUUGCACUACCAGGUGGGGCCUGCGAGACUCCAUGGUCUGUUGUCAGCCUGCUGAUGAGACAUCUGGGCUCCUCCUCCUGCUCAGCCACACAGGGAAACAGCCACUCUCCCUCACCCAAGGAAUGUUCCCACCCCAAAGAUGCUCGGGCCCUGUAGUACCUGCCUUUCCCAGGCCCGUCUCCAGCCCUGCUGUCCAUGGGGAUCCAGGCCAGGCUCCCCUGUGGCCACCAGACUCCGGAGCAGCUGUCAACCGCUGCAUCAUGACUGAUUUUGUCACAGUGUCCCAAAUCUCCAGGUUCUCCUGGAGAAUGGGGGAUGGAUCUUUAUUUCCUGAAGUUUGCACUUAAUUUGUGACUGUUUCAGAAGAGGAAUGUGUUGAGUCCUUUGUCCCCUCGUUCCAGAAGUCUGGUGUUCUUGUCACUGUCCUGUGUUUCUGUGGGCAGAGCUGGUUCUGGAGGGCGGGUCAGUGAUCGAAAGUCUCAGAGGGACACUGGAGCAUCCACCUGCCCCACUGGCUCUCCUUCCAGAUACCAUCUCUCUAGUUUGGGUUCUUGCAUGUAAAGUAAUCCACAAUAAAUAAAUACUUGAACAAACUGUU